GACUGGUCGCAUGCGAAUAUCUACCGCUACCAUUUGCUUUGCUUUUCCUUUUACCAUUUGCUUUUCUUUUCAUUGAUUGGUGGGUGAAGAGGACUUUCCUCCAAAAUCUUUUUUAACUUUUUUUUUUUUCUUUCUGGUUUGCUUUCUGUGGGGAGCGUUCCAUUUGUUUUUAUAAGAUCCCUGGUCCACCCGUCGACCUGUGCAUGUGGGUGAUACAUUUGAUCCCACUUGUUGGUACCAUCAUUCUUUUUCUCGCGCCGGCUCUCUGGGUCUCCCGUCUCUCCGUCUUCGGUGGUGAGAGGGAGGGAGAGGCGAACAAGCAAAGGAGAAGAAGACGAUCUGAAAGUCGAGAACACCAUUGUUCUUGACUGACUUCUCACUUUUGUUGCUGUGGUUAAACUAUUGAAAUGUUUCGCAGAAACUCUGGUGAUCAUGGACAUCAAGGCCAUGUUUCUGCACCACAGCAAGAGAAGGUUAAUGAGCUGAGAGCCUUACUGGGGCCUUUAUCUGGCCGAAGUCUUCAGUUUUGCAACGACUCAACCUUGCGGAGAUACUUGGAAGCACGGAACUGGAAUGUUGACAAGGCAAAAAAGAUGUUGGAUGAAACACUUAAAUGGAGAUCAACAUAUAAGCCAGAGGAAAUAGCAUGGCAUGAAGUUGCCCAUGAAGGUGAAACAGGAAAACUUUACAGGGCUGGCUUUCAUGACAAACAGGGGAGGACUGUUCUAGUACUGAGGCCAGGAAUGCAGAAUACAACAUCACAUGACAAUCAAAUGCGCCACCUGGUUUACCUUCUAGAGAAUGCCGUUAUCAAUUUACCAGAAGGACAAGAGCAGAUGGUAUGGUUGAUUGACUACACAGGAUGGUCGUUGAUGAACAGCCCACCUAUUAAAACAGCCCGGGAAACUGCAAAUAUCUUGCAAAAUCAUUAUCCUGAGAGGCUUGCAGUUGCAUUUCUCUAUAAUCCUCCAAGGAUCUUUGAGACUUUCUGGAAGGUUGUUCGAUACUUUCUUGAUCCCAAGACCUUCCAAAAGGUGAAAUUUGUAUACCCAAAAAAGGAUGGAAGUGUGGAGCUUAUGCGGCAGGCCUUUGAUAUUGAAACUCUCCCAACAAUAUUUGGUGGAAAGAAUCCAACCAAGUAUGACCAUGAGGAGUUUUCGAGGCUGAUGGCCAUGGAUGAUGUCAAAACAGCAAGGUUUUGGGGUUUCAGUGAUAAGCUUGUCAAUGCUCGUAGCUGCUUCGCAGCAGAGAUGACUCGUGAUGAAAUGAAGUCUAUUGCUCCUCCUGCUAGCUAAUUGCAUAUUUGAGGUUCCGAAGACCCACUCUCAAGCAUGCUUGGGACUUCCACACAGAAUGUAGGCUAACGAUCAUCAGGUCUGAGAUGAUCGAAACAGCCAUCUAGUUCCCUUAAACAACUUCAAUUUUCUCUCCUUUUUUAA